CGUACUCGCUUUAACUGCGCUGGGCCACCUGGGAGCGGUAAACGCACCGCUAUUGAAGUGAAUGAACGGCGGUGACGCACAAGCUUCACGAACGAAUCGGAUCAGACAGACUCUCGCGCGUCUUGUCACUAUUACCUGUGCCUGUCACCGUUACUGGAGUCGAUUGUUUAUCCAAGCUUUAACGAGUUUCGUCGCCUUUAUUUUUUGCAGUGUACGUGAGCGUUAAAGUGCAGAAGAGAAAACGGGAGGCAUGUGAAGUUACUGUCACUUUCACCAGAGAUGAAGAAUUCAGUUGAAGAUGAGUGCGCUGAUUCGGGAGCGGAGACCGGAGCGUCUGACUACAGUCUUGUGUCAUCAGCAAGCAGUGAUUUGUCCAUGGGGGACCUACAAGAUCCUUUCCUAGUUUCUAUCCACAUCAUCACUGACCCCGGUCAGGCCAAAACGCUCCAGCAAGCCGCUGAUCAGGUCCUCUCCUGGCUCCACCCUGAUCUCACCCUCUUCAGGGUAUCAGAACGGGCAGGUGGUCUCUCUCGAAAGCCCCAGGUCCGCCUGCAGCGCGUCACCGAACCACCAUCGCACCAGCCAGCCUUGGCUGUAAUCCUGUUUCUACAGGAUGAAUAUGGAGGUGAAGAGAGUCUUGAACGUCUCCACAAUCAGCUGAGAUGCCCACCGUGGCGAUACCACCACACAGAGCGGGUGAACGGGCGAGGCCUCUUACCAUUUUCUGCAGCCAGCCAGGACUUUGUUACACUUGCACCAGGCACACCACUAUGGGCACUUCGCCAGGUGCACUACGGCAAAGAAAUUGUGCGCUUUACAGUCUAUUGUCGCUACGAGACCUACACCGAACAGGUGCGUCUGUACAGGCUGCUCCUGUGCCGAAGGCUAGCCCAGAAGAAGGAGGAUUUUUGCUUCUGUGUAGUUUACUCCAACCCUGAAACAGAAAUCCAGCUGUCAUUCAAGCGGAUGCCCCAUGGCCAGAACCCCGUCCCCACUGAAAAUGCUGUGAUGGAGAUCAGAGUGAGGGAUGUCGGUGAACUUGUGCCACUGCUGCCAUGUCCCUGCAUGCCUAUCAGCGACGUCCGCUGGCAAACAAAUGAUUAUGACGGGAAUAAAAUAUUGCUACAGGUUCAAGGUUCACGGUAUUACCGCAAGCACACUAUUGCGAAGUUCUGUCACCUUCCUCCUGAUGAUCCUCCAUUUACCUCCCCUCCUCCACCCGAGCUGCCCCCUCCACCUCCUCCACCAUACGGCCGCGGGCCCGCCUCCUAUCGAAAUCGCCGUUAUCACCGGAACUCAUCGCGUUCGCGGACGCAGACCCUUCCGUCUCCGGUCGCCUCCAGGACACCCACGUUGUGCGAUCAGGAAGGCCGCAUGGAGAGGCUCCAGAGGGAUGUGGAGCUCUUACGGGCCGGAUGGACAGGCCACCGCACACAGUCCCUCUUUUCUCUGCCUACAGACGAGUCCCGCUCCUCGUGUGCCUCUCCGUCAAGCUUCCGUCCUCGCUGCUUCUCUUCAAUGGCUGCUCCAAUUUUCCGUGUCAAUGUCGAUACGCUAGUGGGAGCCGAAGAGACGGAUGUGGACACGGGACAGACCAUCAGCGGCAGCUCUGUGGACCUAUCGGUGGUCUCGGGUUAUUCCCAUCCACAGCUGAGGCCCCAUUUAAAGGUCCCAGCACUGCGGCCCAAGUCUGCUCCUCCAACAGAUGGAGGUCUUGACUUUGCUGAUCUGACCUAUAAUAAUGCCUCCUCCAUAAGACAGACUCCUGUGCCGUCUAGAGCACAGAGCAUCUCUGCAAAAUCCACACCUUGUGUUGUACACAAACCACAGCCAAAGAAUAUGAAAGAUGUGUUGCAGGACAAAGGGCAGCAGAACAGCAAUGGCAUUGUGACAGUAGAUGAUUGUAGUCAAGAAGGCAUUGCGGAGGAAGAGCAAGAAUUUUAUAUCUGACACAUGCAGGACAAUCAUCUCAUCAGCAUGUAUGCGGGUCUUAAAGAGGGAAUUUUGAGAUCUUCUAUAAUUGCAAGCAGCUGAGUAUUAAAAUGUGGAAAACCCUUAAACGGAUGUUCACCCAAAAAUGAAAAUUCUUUCAUGAUUAACUCGCUCUCAUAUUGUUCUAAACUCGUAAGACUCACGUGAAACACAAAAUUAAGACAUUUUAAUGAAACCUGAGAUGGUUAAUUGAAAGUCCAGGUAAUCAAAACUUCAGGUCAUAAAGGUGUUGACAAAUAAUUGCAGUUUAAUAAGUCUUGUGAAGAGGUAAGGUCACUUUAUAUGAACAGAUUUAAUUAGGCAUUUAUUCACAUGAAAACACAUGGUAAACAUUUAAGCUCAAAUAUGUGCACACACAUGUGCAUUGACUUUCAAUGGAGGGACAGAAACAUAGGUUUAAUUCAAAUAUCAAAAUUUGUGUUCCGAAACGGGUUUGGAAGGACAAGAGGGUGGGUCAAGGAUGACAGAAUUUUUUUGGUGAACUAUAUUUAAGCUUUUGUUCUAUAGUGCAUUUGUUUGAUUAGCAACAGGCCAUGCUUAAGAAUGUGCAUUCAUAAUGAAUGACUUUAAGACUGAAUCAAAUUGACUUGUGUUUGUUGUAUGUUGUGGUAUUCUGUAGUGUUUCAUAAUAGUUGUAAUAACAAAAGGGCUUCAUUGCUUAUGUCAGAGAGCUCAGUGAAGAAUAAAACUCUGUCACCUAGUGGUUGAACAUGGUAACUACACAGGGGCUAGACCCUUGAGUCAUGAGGCAGGUCACUCAUUAUUAGAGAAAAUAUUGAAAUCUCCACAGUUUGUACAGUUUCACUAUUUGUUCCGUGUAAGAGUUUAAGAAAAUUUUGUGUUUCUGACCUUGUGUAAUGCUUUACAUUAUCACACGUUUUAAAUUAUAUGUAAAUAUUUUGUUUUAAUGACCUCUCAGUGACAGAUGUCAGUGCCCUGUGCAAAACAUCACUGAUUAUAUGGAUAGACAAGAAAAUAAUCAAGGAACUCAUUAGUGUCUGCGUUUACAAAUAUAAAAUUAUGGUGUGAAUUACUUGCUGUUGAUGUUGUAAAAAUAAAACCCAAAUAAUUAUUAUGGUUACUAUAGGGGUUAGCAGCUGUUUCUCUGAGGAAAAAUAAAUAAAUAAAUAAUGAAUUGUGGGAAGUCGCAUACUUUUAAAACAAUUGGUCCCUGGGUCGUGUUAUAAAUUGUUGAGAAAUUCUUUAUCCAAGUGCAUUGCAUCUUGUGCAUAAUGUUGCCAAUAUGCUCACAAGUCUUACACUUCAUUGUAAAGUAAUAUGCAGACUUGUUAAUCAAACCAUUACUAUCAGUUACCUAUAUAAAUCUUACAAUUCUUUUCAAAUCUUGGUUCAGUUUAGAGUCAAAGGUCAGAGAUGUUCAUGUUUCAUUACAAUCAUGUAACACGAACACAUACAGGACAGCCCUUGUGAGUUGCCCCUCUCUCAGUGCCAGAUCACUCCCCAUGCGUUCCCAGCUAAUCCCAGGAGUGUACCUGGCACAUCGCUACGGCGAUACCGCCUCUCAGUGCUACUGCGCUCCGGCACUGGACUGGGAUUCUGUUAAUCCGGUCCAGCAGCCAGAGAGGGCAGGAGGGGUGAACGACAGCGAGCACUAGUUCCCUGCUAGACCCCGCUAGAACAUAAGUCAGGUCUAAUAAAGUCCAUUGCUGUGAAGCAACUACCUUACUGACUAUUAAUAUGCAGCAAAUUAGGAGUUUAUUGAAGCAAAAGUUGUAGUUAAUUAGUUAAUAGUGAGAAAUGGUCUCUAAACUAAAGUGACCAAUAUUACUUAGCUGAAUAACAGUAAUUAAUUAAAAAAUAACAAAUAUUGUUAUUAUUGCGUACUAUAGCAUAAGCAGUACUGC